AUAUUCAAGGUCUAGGAAAUAAGCGAGACCUAUAGCGGUGUAUGUUAUGUAAUCAGUUUAUCGUUCCUUGCGAGAUAGGAGAUGCCUAGCUGGGUAUAAAGCUACAUAAAGCUACAUAAGGAGCUACCCCUCAGUAUCUUCCUAGGGCCAGGCCAACCUAACUAUACUACAUCCUUCUGUAUAAAGAGUAUCAUAAGCUUACUCCUCCUCUAUCGAACCCCUCUCACCUUCCAAAUAAGCUUACUAAGCACGACUUUCACGAGAGGCAACUAGAUAUAAUGAACGAAGCGGAGCAACAGCGAGCAGCUUACCUUCAAGAUGCGCAGAACAAAGCUGUACAACUCUUUGAAGAGAUAGAGCAGAUGCUGAUUCGACCCGGGGUUAGCGAAAAGACGUUGAGCGAUGAGAUCCAUAAGCUCGGCACAGAGCGUCAUGGUGUUAGAACUCAUUGGCAUAAGAGAGUGGUUCGAAGUGGUCCCAACACCUUACGACCAUUUGAAGAUAACCCCCCUGACCGUGUUAUCGGGGAGGAUGAUAUUGUGUACGUCGACUUGGGGCCGGUUUUUGAGGCUUGGGAAGCCGACUUCGCACGUACCUUUGUGCUCGGAGAUGAUCCUAAUAAGAAGCGAUUACGUGACUCGCUCGAGCCGGUGUGGAACACAGUCAAGACACGGUAUCAUAAGAACCCAGAUAUGACGGGCGAACAACUAUACGACAUUGCUUGCGAAGAAGCCCGCAAUGCCGGUUGGGAGUUUGGCGCUUGGCUCGCUGGACACCUUGUUGGGCAGUUUCCCCACGAACGGAUCCCCCGUGACAAGACGGUCUUAUACAUUACCAAGGGAAACGACCAAUCUAUGGGCAGUCCCGGCAAAGAUGGAAAUAAGCGACAUUGGAUUCUUGAAAUCCAUCUUCGCGAUAACUUCAAUAAUGUUGCUGCAUUCUACGAGCAAUUAUUGACGGUCGGAUAGACACCUGCUAGGUAGACAUCAGAUAUGAGAGCCAGUACCAUGUUGAAAGCGUGAAGGGUAUAAUCAUUAGGACGGGACUGUUCUAACCAAUCCAUACAACAGGUCGUGGAUUGAGUCUGUGAUAGAAGGUUAGUUCAAUCGAAAUAUAUAAUAAUUAGUGAAUGGGACAAUGAUUGAAUAAUCCAAAAUAUAAGUUCAGUCAUAGAUAAUUAGUUCAGACAUAUGACGGACAACUAAAUAGUAUGGGCCGUGCCAAU